UUUUACAACAAUAUGGCGGCAAAAGACGGCGGAAAUUAAUGAUUUAUUCAUAGCGAAUGUUUUUAUAUAGAUAAUUCACCAUGACCUUGUAUAUGCCACCGUUGCAGCGAAAGAAAAGAGUGCCUAAUCGAUAUAAUCCAGACUCUUUUCGUGUCAUUAGUAAUGAUGCUGAGACAACUCAUGAGAGAUUUUCAGGAAUUCAUGACUACCGCCCGCCAUCACCGGAGAGGUUUAAAAAGGGGAUAUCUCUGCCAAAUAUAUACAACAGGAACACUCAAGUAUUACCCAAAACUGUACCAGAUUUUAGGGCCAAUAAUCCUCACCCUCGAAGUUGUGGGUUCUUGAGGCAUGAUGUCAGACUACUUAAUGAACCAAUUUGUAGUGUGUACACUUCACAAACACAUGAUGAACAAGAUAUGUGGUGGCCCUCAAGGACCUCAGAUGAACCCUUGCAAGUUCCAGAAAAGACCAAGGAUACUAUAUACCGUGGUGACUAUAUGAAAGAGCACAAUGAGCAGUUGCACAGGGCAACCAGACAUGAAUCUAACACCAACAGGGAACCGGCACUUGGCCCAGAUAUAUUGAAAAGACUGGCUAGCUAUGAAGUGCAGAAAGUUCCUGUGAAUUUCUUGACCAAACGGGAUGGUGCCCAGCGAAUUUUUCAGGAGAAGAAAUCAUAUGAGCAUGAUUACAAUUCAAGAAAAGACCUUAACUAUCCAAUAAGGGGAAAGAGACUUGGGAGUUUUGUAUGGGAUGAAAUGAGCCCAGAGUUAGCUAAGCGCUUUGUGGACCAGCACACAAAUUUGUUGGAGGCCAAGGAAAAAUUUGAAGCCAAUUGUCAAUCUCAGAAGUCCAAUCCUACCACACCGAUGUCUCCCCCUCACCAGCCAACACCACCUGGUAACCAACAGAAUGUCCAGGACCCUAGUUCUAAUAGUAACCUUAAAACUGUCACUUUCCAGGAGGUGCCAAACUCCAGUCAAUGAAACUGAAUUUUAAUGAAAUGUAAGAGGAUAAUCAUUUCACAUAUUAACCAGAAAAACCUCUAGUGAUAUAUUAUAAGACCAUGCAAUUAAACAGAACUUCACUCAUUACCAGUAUAUGGACUGGAUACUUUUUCACAUUUUAAGACUUGAUGAGAAAUAACACAUUGUCACUAUUUUCAAAACAGGAGUGCGCCAUAGUGGUGAAAAUAAAAUCAGGAAAGUUUUCAACAUAUUUGGUUAUAGGCUCUGAGUGGAUCAAGACAUCGGACUCUAUAUAGGCAAUCUGUAGAUUGCAGGUCGAAGUUCCACAGAAUUAAAAAAAAAAUUCUCAAGGAUUUUACUCUAAAAUUGCAUUUAUUUUCAUUAUUAGACAAAAUUAUUAAAUUUCCAACACCACCACUCUAUUGAUUAACACAAUUAUAUCAGAUUUCAUUUAUGACAAUUUUGAUUGGUGUGUUGUAUCUCCUUAAUUAAUACAGGGUUCAAUCAUGAUGUCGUAUCCAAUGUGGGCAAUAAUCUCCUGGUAUUAUGAGACACAGGGUGUUAUAGUGUUUAUAAAGUUUUAUUUUUUCUGCAGUUAUAUACAGUGCAUCAUGCAACUUUGUAAUCAGUCAGAAAUUAUAACAAAUGAAGAAGAAAAAACCCACUCAGAUUUACAUUACAACUGCUUUGUAACAGUAUUUUAAAAUUAGUUUUUGAAUUGUUAUGCCUCUGAAUUUGAUGCAUUAAAAAGCCAUCAAUAUGGUUAGUAUGAAAUGCAGUCUUUGUUGAAGUAUUUUUAUACUUGUUAGUGUGAAUGCCGAGUUGUUUUGAUAUGGACUAUCUGCUGUUGUCUUCUUGUUUUUUUAUUAUUAUUAAAUAGUCUAUAUACAUACUUUAACCUGUUAACAGUAUUCUCCUAGUAUUCAUUUUGGAAUCAAAUUUUCAUGCCUUUAUAGUUCAUUGACAGAUUUCAUAUGCUUUAUUUUAUAUGUGUUUCAAGAGAGUUAUAUUGUACGUAUGCUUUAUCAAUAAAUUAUUUACAAAUUUUAA